ACAUCUAUUCUUGAUCUAUGUCUAUAUUUCUCGAGUCUAUCUAAAUCUAAUAUUAGAUCUAGAGUAGUCUAGACGUCAACAAGAUCUACUAGAUUUAAUUUCUAUUAUAAUUUCAAAAUUUGGCUAAGAGUGACUUAUUUACUUAUUAAUAUUAUUAUUAGUAAUAUUACUCAAUUAGAGUUAAUUAGAGUCUAUUAAUUUAAUUAAUAUUAAUUUAUUAACUAAGUCAGUCGUCUAAGUCUGUCCGACAGUCUGUUGUCUAAAGACCACUAAAGUUAUAAGUCUAGGUCUAGGACGACUAAGUCGACUAAAAAUGGCUGCUCCCACAACAGGACGAUUGCUUCUGGUGUUUGAUUUUGAUCAUUCACUUAUUGAUGAAAACAGUGACACUUAUAUUUGUAAACUUGCCCCUGGGGGCACUCUCCCAGAUGAGAUUAAAGAGUUGUACAAGGAAGAUGGAUGGACAGAAUAUAUGGCUGAAAUUUUCAAAUUCCUUCAUUCUAAUGGAUGCACCAAAGAAACCCUAUUUUCUUGUUUAUCUGAAAUCCCUCUAACUGAAGGCAUGAAAGAAUUGCUGUCCUACACAAAGGCAACUGAAAACUGUGAUCAUAUUAUUAUCUCGGACGCCAAUUCAGUAUUUAUAGAACACAUUUUGAAACAUCAUGAUAUUUUUAAUGUGAUCGAUCAAGUUUUUACUAAUCCAGCUCAGUUCAAUCAAGAUGACUGCCUGGAACUACAACCUUACCAUUUUCAAGAUUGGUGCACUCUGAGUACGAAAAAUUUGUGCAAGGGUCACAUUCUGAAAACUUUCCUAACCGACCAAACAGACAGAGGAGUCUUUUACAGACAUAUAAUCUAUGUUGGUGAUGGGCAUAAUGACUUGUGUCCAGGCCUUGUCUUACGACCAGAAGAUAUAUUUAUGCCUAGAUUGGGGUUCACUCUAAUCAAAUUGAUAGAGAAAAUAAGAAAGAAAAAUAAGCCUGUGAAAUUGUCAGAAUUGCAAGCUAGUAUUGUCCCUUGGCAGACUGGAUUAGAUAUAUUAGCACAUAUUAAGGCAUUAGAAUAAAAUAAAUAGCUUAUUUCAUUUCAAACUGUAUCCCAAAUUAAAUUGUUUAUAAUGUGUUGAUUGUUGUCAAUUAUUAUUUGUUUGAUAAAUGUUUGUAAUGCUUUUGACUCAACUCUUUGUCAGUAAAUUGUUUUUAUUCUGUGAAAAAAAUAUGAUGUAUGUAUCAGCCUUCAUAUUGUUAAGAUGUAAAAUACUGGUUUUAGCAAUUUAAAGGCUUUUUCCCCCCUACAUUUCUAGUGCAUUUAUUUAAAUGUAUUAUGCUGCAUUGGUCUUUUUUGGCUGUUAUUCUCAUUAGUCAUCAUUUAAUUCCUUCAAUGUUUUAUUUAUAUCUUCAUUAAUACUCAAAACUAAUGAUUCCCAAACUGUGAUCUUUUUUAAUUUAAUCUCAUGUUUUUUUUUUAAUUAAAUAUUUUAUUUUUACUUAACUGCUCUGACAUUUAUAAUUUUUGUUUAUUUUUAGUUUUUAUGAUGUUUAAAAUAUAAAAGAAUAGAUUCUGGUACAUUACAAAAAUACCAAUAACUUAUCUAUCUUUAUUAAAUAUUUAUUAAUUCACCUUAAUGUAAUAGUUUUUGAAUAGUUUAAUAUACAUGACUUUAAAAUAUGGGUGUGCAUCCUUUGAAUGUCUAUAAUUCAAAAAAGGGACAACAAUGAAACUAAAGAUGGCAAUGUGCAAUUUAGAUUUUUAAUAAUUUGAAAAGAACUGCAUGGGUUCUAAAGAAAAAGUCUGAUAUCUCUUCACAUGUUUUUAUUAUGUUUUGAUUUUUUCUGUUCUGCCAUGUUUUUUGCUAAAAUCACUAUUUCAUGGUUGAUUAAAUAAAUGAUCAGAAUAUCACCAUAUCACAGUUGUUAGUAAAUUGUCAUCUAAAAAUAUAUGUUUUAUCAGUAUUUAUUUAUUUUAAUUAUACACUACUCGACCGGCAGCGUAGCAUUCGCCGCUAUUUUGCAGGGCUGGCCUUAGGACACUGCAACCUAUGUGACUGCAGUGGGCCCUGCACUUUCAUAGGACCCGCACUAAUUCAAAGUGUAUAAAUUCUUAAAUUAAACCAUUUUAUAACUUAAAACAGAUUUCCUGCGCCCUCCUGUCGAUUUACCAGAAGCUCCUGGAAAUCUCCCGAAAUUGCAUAAUAUACAAAAAAGUCCUUAAAAUAUAUGGAAAUAUAUAGACAAAAGUUGUCAUUUUGGGGUUGUCACUCAAUAUGGAAAACACCAAUCCCACGCACGAUAAAUAAAAACGGCAUUAUGCAUAAGCCAUAAUUGUGUAAUCUGGUAAAAGAGGCUGCUCGCGCCUUAAACUAAUAAAGAAUUACUUGAGGUCAACAAUUCUCAAAGAUUGGUAAUUCAUGUUAUUAAGUGUGAUCUAUGUAGGAAACAGAAUUUUUAUGAUAUUCUGUAUGACUUCGCUACAUGUAAGGCUCGUAAAGUAAUUCUAUACGUAGUAAAGAAUGAAUAAAAUGCAAAGACAAAUUUAUUUUCUAAUACAAACUAAAUUUCACUUAUUGUCCGCUUCCCUACCUAAACUUGGCCCUGCAAAAUCUGUUUCGCAUAGGGCCCCACAAUGCUUGAGUCCGGCCCUACUAUUAAGUGACGGGUAAAUAUACAUAGUAGAUUACUUGUUCUCUUUCCAUGACUUCUUGGUCACAAUGGUUAAGUCCGGCACUGCUAUUUAGUGUUUGUAAAAUGUUUUACAUGUUUCGGAUGUUCCUUCAGAGUUGAAGAUAGUUUACUUCUUAGUCCAAACCUCCCGCAGGACGAAGAGGAGCGGGAAGAGUUUGACAGUCCUGCACGCAACCACCCCGUUGUGACGUGUGAAUACCCACUUGUUCUUCCCCCCCCCCCCCC